AUGAGUCGUAGUGAUGAUAGUAUAUUGACAACAUUAAAAAUUCUUAUUAUUGGAGAGUCCGGUGUUGGAAAAAGUUGUCUACUUUUACGAUUUACUGAUGAUAGAUUCGACGUUGAAAUGGCUGCAACUAUUGGUGUAGAUUUUAAAGUUAAACCGCUAGAAGUUGACGGGAAUCGAGUUAAAUUGGCUAUUUGGGACACAGCUGGACAAGAACGUUUUCGUACAUUAGUACCUGGUUAUUAUCGUGGUGCACAAGGUGCUAUUCUUGUUUAUGAUGUAUGUAACCGUGAUUCAUUUCGACAGUUGGAUCGAUGGAUUGCAGAGUUAGAUACCUUUUCAACAAAAUUAAAUGUUGUUAAAAUGCUUGUGGGAAAUAAAAUUGAUUGUGAAGAUAAACGAGAAGUAACACGCGAUGAAGGUGCAAAAUUUGCACGUAAAUAUUCCAUGCUAUUUAUUGAAGCAUCAGCUCGAACGCGUGAAGGUGUCCAAAUCGCAUUCGAAGAACUCGUUCGAAAAAUUAUUCAAACACCAUCAUUGUGGAAAAACGAACAGAAAAUAACAGUAGAUACGAUUAACCUUAAUGAUAGUGAAAAUUCCAAUCAACCUCAACGAGGAUGUUCCUGUUGA